AUGAGAUUUCCAACGGGAUUUUCUGAAGAAACAAAAAAACAAGUUGCUUUAUGGGGUGACAUUAUUCAAAAUAAACAUAGGAAUGAUGACGAUGAAAUUUUUUGUAACGACCCAUUAUUAAUUAUUGAAUACAAUCAAGCGGGUCUCACCAGUCGAAAUAUCACAGAAGCUAAUGUUGCUGCCGUAAUUAGAGGAACCCCAAACUAUAUUCCUAUCGCAUUUCCAACGGUACACCCACCACAAUCAAAUUCUGUCAUUGCAUUUAACAGUAUGCAAACAUUGGACGAUGCUAUCGAUCGAUUAUUUGGAGCCUAUCAUAACCUUAUAACAGGACGGCAAGAUCCUGUUGUUGGACGAGUAUAUGUGGUGGAGUUUCGUAGGGCUAAUACAUUUGAUGUUUCUGAACGACGACGUGUUUUUAAUUGA